AAAAAAAUAUCAAUCAAAAUCGCCUCAGGCCUGCCCUCAAAAUCCAAAAAAGAAAACAAAAUCCAAUUCCAAUCCCCCAAUCCAGUCUCCCUCUCUCUCUCCUCUCUCUCUCUCUCUCUCUCUCACAACAAUCAACAUAUUCAAACAUACACACACUAACCCCACUACUCUCUCUCUCUCGCUUUCCACAGUGAUUUCUGUCGCCUUCAAUUACGACUUUCCGCCACUCACAUUCUUCUCUCUCUCUCUCUCUCUCUCUGCUUUGUGAUUCCUUGUAUAUAUAGUUUUUUAGGGUUUUGGGGUAAUGAGUCAAGUGAAGGACUCUGACGACGAGCCUGUAGCUCACUCCCUUGAGAUCGAUAAGCCCGAAACUGGGAGUGUUGAGAGCAUCGGAGGAGGAGAAAUCGAAGAGGAAGACCCGGUGGACAAGCCCGACGACCCCAUGGACGAAGACGCCGCCAGCCCCGCCGCCGUCUUCUGUAUCAGGCUCAAGCAGCCCAGGUCCAAUUUGCAGCACAAGAUGAGCGUCCCCGAGCUUUGUCGCAAUUUCAGUGCUGUUGCAUGGUGCGGGAAGCUGAAUGCCAUCGCUUGUGCAUCCGAAACUUGUGCAAGAAUUCCAAGUUCUAAUGCAAAUGCACCUUUUUGGAUUCCCAUACAUAUCGUGAUCCCAGAGCGACCAACUGAGUGUGCAGUGUUCAAUGUGAAUGCAGAUUCUCCUCGUGAUUCUGUUCAGUUUAUUGAAUGGUCCCCUACUUCUUGCCCUCGUGCCUUACUAAUUGCCAAUUUCCAUGGGAGAGUAACGAUCUGGACUCAGCCUUCUCAAGGGCCAGCUAAUCUCGUGCGUGAUGCCAGCUGCUGGCAACAAGAUCAUGAAUGGCGGCAGGAUAUUGCAGUUGUUACAAAGUGGCUGUCAGGAGUGUCCCCAUAUAGGUGGCUUUCCUCAAAAUCUAGUACAUCCUCCAAUGCAAAGUCAACUUUUGAAGAAAAAUUUCUUUCCCAGCAGUCUCAGAAUUCAGCUAGGUGGCCCAGUUUUCUGUGCAUCUGUUCUGUUUUCUCUUCAGGCUCUGUUCAGCUUCAUUGGUCCCAGUAUCCUCCUAAUCAGACUAGUGCUGCACCAAAGUGGUUUCAAACAAGCAAGGGACUCUUGGGUGCUGGGCCUAGUGGGAUCAUGGCAGCUGAUGCUAUCAUAACAGAUAGUGGUGCCAUGCAUGUCGCAGGCGUUCCAAUUGUAAACCCAUCUACUGUUGUUGUUUGGGAGGUCACUCCUGGCAUUGGAAAUGGAUUUCACGCAAGUCCAAAGAUCAGCACAACUAAUGGGGUCCCACCUUCAAUAAAUCCACCCAAUUGGGCAGGUUUUUCCCCUUUGGCUGCAUAUCUGUUUAGCUGGCAGGAUUAUCUUAUAUCCGAAGCAAAGCAAGGGCAAAAGCAGACCGAUCCAGAUUUCAGUGAUACUUUACCACUCCAUUGCUCUCCAGUUUCUAAUUUUUCAGCGUAUGUGAGUCCUGAGGCUGCAUCUCAGUCUGCAACUACUACCACAUGGGGAUCUGGAGUUACAGCAGUUGCCUUUGAUCCAACUCGUGGUGGUUCUGUCAUUGCUGUUGUCAUAGUUGAGGGACAAUACAUGUCUCCUUAUGAUCCAGAUGAGGGUCCAUCGAUUACAGGAUGGAGAGUGCAACGGUGGGAAUCAUCUCUUCAGCCCGUUGUCCUUCACCAAAUAUUUGGAAAUCCUACUUCCAGUUUUGGUGGGCAGGCACCAAUGCAAACUGUUUGGCUAUCCAAAGUGGACACAAGCAUACAACCAACUAAUGAUUUUAAAAGUUACCAAGCAGCCGCGAUGGCAGCAACCAUUGAUGCAAGGAAGACUCCUGAUUCUAGCAUAGAGAAAGUAAAAAGAGUCAGUUUUGAUCCUUUUGACCUGCCAAGUGAUGUUAGAACACUUGCUCGAAUAGUCUAUUCUGCUCAUGGUGGUGAGAUUGCUGUUGCUUUUCUCCGGGGUGGGGUUCACAUCUUCUCUGGUCCGAACUUUGCACCUGUUGAUAAUUACCAGAUUAACGUCGGAUCUGCAAUUGCUACCCCAGCCUUCUCAUCGACAAGCUGCUGCUCAGCUUCUGUUUGGCACGAUAGUGCUAAGGACCGUACAGUUUUAAAAAUAAUACGUGUUCUUCCUCCUGCUGUUCCAAGCAGCCAAGUGAAGGCAAACUCGUCAACCUGGGAACGUGCCAUUGCGGAAAGGUUUUGGUGGAGUCUUUUAGUUGGGGUUGAUUGGUGGGAUGCUGUUGGCUGUACACAGAGUGCUGCUGAGGAUGGCAUUGUUUCUCUGAAUAGUGUCAUUGCGGUACUGGAUGCAGAUUUUCAUUCUCUUCCUUCUACUCAGCACAGGCAACAGUAUGGUCCUAGUCUCGACAGGAUAAAGUGCAGGCUACUGGAAGGUACAAAUGCACAAGAAGUUAGGGCGAUGGUUUUAGACAUGCAAGCCAGGUUGUUGCUUGACAUGCUGGGGAAAGGAAUAGAAUCAGCGUUAAUAAAUCCAUCUGCUUUGGUACCAGAGCCAUGGCAGGCAUCUGGGGAAAUGUUAUCAGGCAUUGAUCCUGAAGCAAUGGCUAUUGAACCAGCACUAGUUCCACAUAUUCAGGCUUACGUCGAUGCAGUUCUUGAUUUAGCUUCACAUUUCAUCACUCGCUUGCGGCGCUAUGCAAGUUUUUGUCGCACACUGGCAAGCCAUGCUGUUACUGCUGGAGCUGGCAGCAACCGCAAUAUGGUGGCUAGUCCUACCCAAAGUUCGGCUUCUCCUGCAACCAGUCAAGGGGGUCAAAGUGGAACUACAAAUUCUACAGGAAACACCCAGAUGCAAGCUUGGGUUCAAGGUGCCAUUGCAAAGAUUAGUAGCACCUCUGAUGGAGUUUCCAAUUCGACUCCAAACCCCAUUAGUGGGCCAUCUUCCUUCAUGCCAAUAAGUAUCAACACAGGAACCUUUCCUGGUACACCUGCCGUUAGGCUAAUUGGGGAUUGCCAUUUCCUUCAUAGGUUAUGCCAGCUUUUGCUUUUCUGUUUUUUCUUUCGGCGAACUCAGCUACCCCGUUUCUCUGGGGGAGCACAGAGAAAUGCUGAUGCAAAUAUGCAAAAGCCACAACCUGGUGCUCCUGGGAAGGUGGAGGAGGUCAGUUCUGUUUCUGCAAAAUCAUCUACAACCAUGGUCAGGCCGGAGGAGGGUCAGGUAGCUCGGCCCAGUCAGAUACCUGGAGCAAAAGGAGUUGAAGAAGGACCUGCUGGAAGGUCAAGAUUGGGUGCUGGAAAUGCUGGUCAGGGUUACACUUUUGAGGAGGUGAAAGUCCUUUUCCUCAUCCUUAUGGAUCUUUGUCGGCGAACAGCCAGCCUGGCACAUCCAUUGCCAGUUUCUCAGGUGGGAAGCAGCAACAUUCAGGUGCGGCUGCAUUAUAUUGAUGGUAAUUAUACAGUUCUUCCGGAGGUUGUUGAAGCAUCCCUUGGCCCGCAUAUGCAGAAUAUGCCCCGGCCUAGAGGUGCAGAUGCCGCUGGUCUGUUACUCCGAGAGUUAGAACUCCACCCUCCAGCCGAAGAGUGGCAUAGGCGCAACAUGUAUGGUGGGCCUUGGUCUGAUCCACAUGACAUGGGCCCUCAAGAUGAUACCCCCAAGCUAUGUAAUUCUUCAGACCUACCUGAUUCUGGAUCUUUGGAAAGUUGUGAUGUAUAUUAUGGAGCCCAUGGCCUGUGGCCAAGGAAGCGCAGGAUGUCUGAAAGAGAUGCAGCUUUUGGCCUAAAUACUUCUGUGGGUCUAGGGGCAUAUCUUGGUAUAAUGGGUUCACGGAGAGAUGUUGUUACUGCCGUAUGGAAGACUGGUCUUGAAGGGGUUUGGUACAAGUGCAUAAGAUGUUUGCGGCAGACGUCAGCUUUUGCUUCCCCAGAUGCUGCUACUGCAGCGAAUCAAACUGGGCGGGAGACUUGGUGGAUCAGCCGCUGGGCUUAUUGCUGUCCUAUGUGUGGCGGAACAUGGGUUCGAGUUGUAUAGGUGACUGAACUGACUGUAUUAUUUAUUAGAUUGGACAUAUACAGUACAAGCGUUCGUUAAGGCAGUCAGUUUAGAAGAUUACCUUGGUUGUAAAUCGUCUUCACCGGCCACCUCCGUGGAUCCAUUUGACCUGGAGUGAGAACAUUACAUUUGAUACGCAUAUAUAAACGUUAAUAGCUGCCGCCGGAGAACGCCGUUGAGAUGGUAGCCUCGGCAAAUGUCUCUCGUGGAUCCACUUGCUUUAUCAGGUUGCUAGAUUUGUAGUUUUAACACUGGAGUUGCACGAACUUUGCCGUUCUUCUGGGCGUGGGGUUGUGAAGGCAGGUGGUUGGUAGGGUUCCUGUAUUCUAUGUUGUAAACAUUUUUGAAGCAAAUCAAUACAAACAUAUUCACUCC